AUGCCACCCAAAAAGGUCGUCGAUGUCUCCAAAUCCGCGACGGGCGAUGAAGGCACCCCAGCAAAAGACCAACCCCUCCGGGAGGGCGUCAAUAUCGAGUAUAGUUACGAGACUGGCGAAAGGUGUCCUGCCUCCGAAUACACAGAUACAAGGCAAUGCGAUGUUGGCAAUGACGAAAAGCGCAACGGUGUUUGUGAACUAUGUAGCCGCGCAGUAUGCAUACCCACGUCUGGAAAACCCUCUAAGAUUCGAGUACACCAAUUAGCGAGGCGUGUUGUGCUGAUUGAAUCUCCCAGAGGAAACGAGAUCGCACACCAAGAGGGUCGGAAGACCCUUGCCUCCAGAGAUAUCAUCAGCGCCUUAAAGGCCCUCGAGUUCCCUGACUGGGAGGACCGACUACAAGCAGAGCUGGAUAAAUACACCGAGAUCCAAACCGACAAGCGACUUAACUACAAGAAGAAGGUGGCAGACAACAAAGUGGGCACUGCAGAAGGUGCGCAAGCUGGAGAGGGGGGAGAUGGCAAUAAUGAUUUAGGAGAGGGAGGAAGUCACCAGGACAGAGAAGGACAGCCUGCUGCUAAAAAAGCAAGACUUGAGCCUGGAGUCACGUCAGACAUAGACUCCAGUGUAAUGAUACAAGAGGGGGGUGAUCAAAUGGGUGAACACACAGCGGAUGAGAGUGGAGAGGAUGACGAAAACCAUCCGGACGAAGCCGAAGAUGAUGAAGACGAGGGGGAUCAUGAGGAGCGGCUCGAGGUGGAAGACCAGUUGGAGGAUAUAGAGCCGCAAGAAGCAGAGGACGAAGCGCUGGAUAAUGGAGAGGAUAGCGAUUGA